GCAAACUUUUGACCCAUAUCCUUCACGGGCCAUAAAAAAACGCCACCGUGAGUCCUCUCUCUCCAUCUCUCCUGCGGCCAGAAUGAAUUCAAGCUCAGGUAACAGUAACAGUUACUACCAAAACAUCAAGCAGUAGCAGCAUCUCGGGAUGAGUCAAAGAGACCGAGUUAGAAGAGCACGUGACAACUCACGUGAUGUGGUUGGUGAGGAGCAAAAUGUCACUCCUUGUGCAGAGUUUGACACGGCCUCCUUUCACAAUUAUGCUCAUGUUGGUAUCCAUGAAUAGAUGAUUAAGGAUCAUGUGCGGACAAACGCUUAUAGGGAUGCAAUCUUUCACGAUCAGAGUGUGAUAGAAGGCAAUUAAUGCCAUCAUGGUUGUCGUGGAUGUUGGUUGUGGUACACGAAUUCUUUCAAUAUUUUGUGCCUAGGCUGGGGCAAAACGGAGCAUGCUGGGAAGUGUCAUCACUGCCAGAGAUCACUGGCUGAAGCAUGGAGGCCUUAUUCUUCCAUCAAAUGCAACUGUAAAUUAUCUUCCUACUUGUUGUACAUGGCACCUGUCACACAUCCAGACAGAUAUGGUGAAAGCAUUGAUUUUUGGCAAAACGUUAAUGGAAUCAAUAUGUCUGCCAUGUUGCCAUUAGCAAAACAGUGUGCAUUUGAAGAGCCAUCUGUGGAAUCAAUAUCAGGUGAAAAUGUGUUGACAUGGCCACAUGUGGUUAAGCAUGAGGAUUUCUAUACAAUUGCAAUUGAUGAACUAGAAUCUGUUACCACGAGAUACAAAUUCAGGUCAAUGAUGAGAGCUCCAUUGCAUGGCUUUGCGUUUUGGUUCAAUGUUGAAUUUGGUUGGCCUGCAGCAUCUCCGAUCAUUCCUCAAGCAUCAGUCUUGCCAACUGCGCCAUCAAGCAAUCCUUCAAUGGACGGUAGUAAGAGGAAGAAAAGAACAAAUCAAAAUGAGGCACUUGUGCUAUCCACUGCACCCGAGGACCCUCCAACACAUUGGCAAAAUACUUUGAUAUACUCUUACGACCCAAUAGAUGUGGAGCAAGAUCAGCUCAUUGAAGGAUCAGCUACAAUAACACAAAGCAAAGAAAACCUUUGAUUCAUGAAUAUUCACCUUCAAUAGAUUCAUCUGCCUAUUGAUCAUAUUUUCUUUGAUCAUUGUCAUACAGUUCUGGUGGGCGGUUCUUUGUAAAGGAGUCCGUGAUGAGGUGAUUUUCUUAAGAAUGUGUAACAGGUUUGGUGAGUCUCAACUAUUCUCACAAGUUAGUCCUACCUCAAUCUCAAGCUCUUUUGUUUGCAAAAACUAGCAGACUUUCUUUUUUGAAGGGAGCUCAAUCGAAUGUGCAGAUCCAUGAAUUAUUAAGGAAAUUUACCCUCAGAACAUGGAAAUGAAACCAACUGUAAAGACAAAUAUAGGUGAACUGAUUCGUGAAAAUUGAUUUUAAACAGUUCUUGGGAUGUAGGCUAUGUAAGAAGAGCAUGUGUUGUUACUGUUGUAUUUUACCCAUUUUAUAUGCUCACAUUUGCAAUUCUUCCAA